AUGAAUAAAAAUCCUUAAAAUAUCAAGAAAACAAUUUCUAAUUAUACUUAUGACUAAAAUGAAUUAAUUGGUUCUGGCUAUUCAUCAAAAGUUUAUAAAGGAACAAAUACAAAAACAAAUUAAGUAGUUGCUAUUAAAGUGAUAAGUUUUCAAUAAUUAACCACUCCAAUUUCCAAAAGUUUACUUAAAAAUGAAAUUAGUGUAUUAAGUUUAAUAGAUCAUCCUAAUCUUAUGAGAAUUUAUGAUACCUUUGAAACAAAAAAUAACAGAUAUUUGAUUUGUGAAUAUUGUAAUGAAGGAGAUUUGGCUGAAAUAUUAGAAUCCACAAAAUUUACAGAAACAUAAUCUUUGGAAAUAUUCCAAUAAAUUGUUUAGGGAGUUAAAGCAUUACAUGAUAAAAGUAACACCUUUAUGGUAAAUUUAUUAGAAAUAAUACAUAGAGAUAUAAAACCAGCUAAUAUAUUAAAAUCUAAUGGUCAAUACAAAUUAGCUGACUUUGGUUUUGCAGUAAUCGAGAACCAAUAUGAGAGCAUCAUAAAGAAAUUUAAUGUAGGCACUCCAAUGUAUAUGGCUCCAGAAACAGUGUAAAAUAAUAUUUAUUCAGAAAAAUCUGAUAUUUGGGCAUUAGGUAUUGUAUUAUUUUAGAUGAUAUAUUAUGAAUUACCUUAGUUUUCAAAAUAAGAACAAGAUUUAAACAAGAAACAUUCAUUUUUAAUCAAUAAAAUUAAAAAUGAUAUAGAAACGUCCACUAAGACAAAAGAACUUAUGCUCAAUAUGCUCAAUUUUGAUCCAGAAAAACGAAUCUCAAUUAAUCAUAUUAUUUCAAUACUUACAAUAUAAUCUAAAAAAAUAUCCACUCUUUAACAUUAGAGUACUGCAUUUAAAUCAAUAAAAACAAGUUCUAUUUCUCAAGAUCCAUAAUAAUCAAGAUCAUAAUUGAAUGAUUAAAUAUUUUAAAGUCAACCACAAGAAUCUUUAGAAAAUUAAAUUAGUCCAUGUUAAAUGUUUAGAUCAUAAGAUUUAAAUGGACUAUUAAAUUUAGAAGUUAUGAAAGUUAUAAAAAAUAAUUAAUUUGCUUAGCUUUUAGAAACAAAAAAAAAUCUUAAUUAAUUUGAAGAAUAGCCUCAGAAUUUAGUUAUUUAAAUCAAUUAAAAUAAUUUGAAUUAAUUUAAAGAAUAAUCUAUAAAAGUUUCUUAUACUUAAAAAGUAACAAUAAUUCCAAAACCGUUUUAAUAAUCUCCAAUUAAAUUCCAUAAUUAAAAUCUUGAAUCCAAACUUAAAACUUAAAAAUCACUUGAAUUAAUUGAUAAUUAAAGUCAAGAAUAACAAUAAUCAUAAUAAUUCUAAUAAAUAGAAAAAGAAAAAUUAACCUUAAAAAAAAUACCAAUUAUAACUUAAAACGAAAAUAAAAGUUUUUAAAGUAAUACUAAUGGUACAAAAAAUGGAUAAUUUGGAGAAGAAAGUGAAUGUAUUUAAAAUAGCAAUUAAAAUAGCACUAAUGAUACUAUAAAACAUAAUUAAUUAUCAAAUUGUUAAUAAAUUUUAUAAGAAAAACAAUAAAUGUUUGACAUUUCAUAAAAUUUAUCAAAAUAAUCCUAUUCUGUUUAAACUAAUAAUAAUUCAAUUCAACAAAAGAAAUCACCUAUUAGGAUAGUAUAAUCAUCAUAAAAUAUUAUUACUCCACCUUUCAAAUCUUCUGGGGUCAGUUUAUCUAAAAAUUCUCAAGAAACUAUAAAAAAUCUUCAUACUCAACCAAAUAUUACAUCAUAAUUCAAUUCAUAUCUUUCAUAAGCUAAAUAAAUCUAAAAUAUUAGUGUUGAAAAAUUCACAAACGAUUUUACUUCAAAUUAUUAAGAUGAUAAAAUUGAAUUUCUCUCUGCAUCAAUCAGACCUACUUACAAAUUUCUACUCUAUUUAAACAAAGUCCUAAAAUAAUUUGAUUGCAUUAAUACAGAAGAAAAAUAAAAAUGUUAUUUUUUAAUGAGAAAACUCUUAGGAAUUAAAGCAACUUAUAUAUAGAAAUUUUAUUCUUCACACAAAUAAGAUAUUGUCUAAUAUUGGAUUGAUAGCUUUUUAUCAUUUUAUUCUAAAGUAGAAAAUGUCUUCUAUAUUUCACCUGAUAAAUAAUUUGAACAAUUUUUCAAUAAAGAUUUAUCUGAAUUCACACUGAAUUUCUCUUAAUUAUUAAUACAUUAUUUGCAAAAAAUCAAUAUAAAUAAAUUACAAAAAGAUUUCUAAAUAAUAUAGGAAGUAUUAUUAGAAAAUCAAAAACAAUAUAAUGAUUCUAUUUUAUUUGCUAGGAGAUGGGAAAACGACUAACUUUGA